CUGCGCACGCGCACCAACCUACAGGCAAAAACUCGACGGGCAGAAAAAUGAACGCAAUCGUUUCUUUAGCAGACGGUGAUUCGGAACGUUGAAGUAAUAACUUGGCGGUUGCUUAGUAGCAAUCCCCAGAUCAAAUCAAACGGCAGCAGUUUUGGGGCCUACACGAACCCGUCGAAGAACCUAGCCCUCAACCCCAGGGGAGAUCGGGAGGCUCCAGAGGAAGACACAGACUGAGGUCUUUGCGGAGAGUGAGGAGCACGAAGACGAACCACCCAAGGUGUCCUGCAGCUUCCUGAUCGCAUUCGGCGACGACAUGGAAAGACUUCCGAGGAGCGAUGCAGACAGCGAAAACACCCGGCGGCUGAUUGGUCGGCAGGAAGAACUUCCCCCUCGUCCAGCACGUGUGAAAGAGGAAGAGGAGGAUCCACCGGCCCCCCGCGUUAAAGAAGAGGAUGGCCGACAGCACCCCCACAUUAAGGAGGAAGAGCAGGAGACCGACAUUGGCGAGUUGCCGCCGAUCGUUGUCUCUGUGAAAAAAGAAGAUGCCGAAGACGUACCGCUCCGGUGGUCCCAGCUUCAUCCUCAAAGCCCACCGGGCAGCGUCUCGGGACCACUGUCAGACGUCGACGAGACCGAAGAGCCUUUGGGGAGGGACGCAGACCGCGACGGCGGCGGCAAACGGUGGAAAGGCUCCGGAAAGGCGACGGCUCCCGGCGACAAGGAAACGUCACAGCCGUGUAAAAAACGUGUGACCUGCUCCCUUUGCAGUAAAAACUUUGCUACAAAACAAACUUUGAUCACACACAUGAGAACGCACACGGGAGAAAAGCCCUUCACUUGCUCGUUCUGCGGCAAGGACUUUUCUCAAAAAGGACCGAUGCUAAGACACUUGCGAGUACACACCGGAGAAAAACCCUUCAGCUGCUCGGUCUGCGGGAAAACGUUCUCGCAGAAGGGAAGCAUAGAAUUGCACAUGAGGACGCACACGGGAGAAAAACCCUUCCGGUGCUCAACUUGCGGCAAAACGUUCUCUCAGAAAGAAAAUAUGGCCACGCACAUGAGAAAGCACACCGGAGAAAAACCCUUCCGCUGCUCAGAUUGCGGCAAGGCCUUCUCCCGCAAGGAGCACGUGUUGACGCACAUGAGGACGCACGCCGGAGGAAUACCCUUCAGUUGCUCCGUGUGCGGAGAAAGUUACGGCCAUCGGGCCAGUUUGACUGAGCACAUGCGCAAACACAUCACGGAGAGCGAAUAAAUGUUUUCGGGGCCUCGACCGGUACGGACGAAGCGAGGAGGAUGUCAUCUGCGCCGAGAUCACCAAAACGUGGAUUGGCAAAAAUUCAUUCGGCGGGAGCGAAGAUGGAGACGCCCCCGCCGUCCCAGCAUCUGCUGGUGUGACGUCAGCGAUUGUCAAAAAAGUUCCAAAAUAGAUGCUGACCUUCUUCGACGGCAAUAUCAAUGCUAACCCUCCUCAUCGUUUGUUUUGCACUCGAAAAAAUGAGCAAAUGAAUAAAAGGACUGCUUACCUUC